CUGAGGUAGAGAAUGGCUGGGCUUUGGGCACCGAUUGGGUCCCUCUGGUGGCCCUACACUCAGGGCUCCCUCCCUCUCCUUCUCCUUCAGGGGUUUUGGGCUGUUUCAGGCAUUAUAACCUUCAGAGGAAUCUAAGGUAAAUACUGGUGUGUAUGAACAAGCCUGUAAGGAAACCGUGACCAUGACCAACCCUUUAAGAUACGAAGUGUUAAAUCUUUACAAAAAUCUGCUGUAUCUCGGGAAAGAGUAUCCUAAAGGAGCGGAUUACUUUCGAGCCAGACUGAAGGCGGCUUUCUUGAAAAACAAGAGUGUGACCGACCCUGAGGAAAUCAAGAAGCUCAUUGCACGAGGGGAAUUUGUGAUGAAAGAGCUGGAGGCUUUAUACUUUCUUCGGAAAUACCGGGCUCUGAAACAACGCUACUACGAGGACGAUAGCAAGUGAUCCCACAGCACUGUCGGAAAAUGGUUGCACGGGUAUAGGUAAAGUCUUGGUUAUCCCACUGUGAUCUUAAUAAAAAGCUUGUCUAGUU